CUUACUCUAAACUGCAGUUCCUAUGCAUAGUUAAUACAGCUCAGGACUAGUGCAUUAGUAACAACACUAUUGCAGCUACAGCAUUGUAUGAUUUCUGUGUGCAUAGUGUAUCAAUUAUAAAAGUAUGUGUGUAGCUGAUACUGAGAGUUUAGUGUGAGUGAGCAUUUGCUAAAAGGCACAGCAAUUUCCAGCUUACAUAGCCAUCAAGUGUGACUGUAUAUAGUAUUGCUAGUUCAUAUCCUGGCCUUAUCAUAACCAGACUAGCCCCUACUAGCAGCCAUCAUGGGGAAUAGCCUGUCUCCAUUAUUUGAUGAGCCUCUAACUCAUGUCAGCUCCAACAGACUCUACAAAGCUUCAUCAAUGCCAAAUAUUCCAAGAAGGAGAAAGGGUAUCAUCGCUGGAGCCCAAGAUGGCUUCACUAAAGUAGAAGACGAGGGAGCUGAAGUUGAUGCCUACCCAACCGACGGUCCCCUACCUGCUGCUACACUCCGUUCUAAAACAACAAGAUACUCGAGAGCAGAUAACGAGCACAAGAGAUUCACACUACCAUUAUUCGGUGGUAGUCUUGGCCGCUCUGCAUCCUCUAGUAAUGUAGACAUGUCUACAAUAUCCCCAGAACGCUCCCUAGCCACUAGCAGUAAAGCUAAAGCAAAGAGUUCAUUCGACCUAACUGUAUCUCCUCCAGUCUCACCAACAGAUGGUAAACCGAUCUUCAUGCCAUUUGCAAAUAGAAUGCAGAGAAGAGCCUCAUUAUCAGAAAUCGGUUUUGGAAAGCUUCAGACAUACGAGAAGCUAGAGAAACUGGGAGAGGGAACAUAUGCCACUGUUUACAAGGGAAAGAGCAACAUCACGGGGAAGCUUGUAGCACUCAAGGAAAUAAGACUAGAGCACGAAGAGGGUGCUCCUUGUACUGCCAUUAGAGAAGUAUCACUUUUAAAAGACUUAAAACACGCUAACAUUGUGUUCCUUCACGACAUCAUCCACACGGCACGAUCACUAACACUUAUAUUCGAAUAUGUUGAGCAAGAUCUGAAACAGUACCUAGAUCAGUGCAGUGGAAUGAUGGCAAUGCCUAACGUAAAGUUGUUUUUAUUCCAAUUAAUGAGAGGGUUACAAUAUUGUCAUUCAAGAAAAAUCCUUCACAGAGACUUGAAACCUCAGAACCUCCUCAUCAGCGAGCAAGGAGAUCUUAAACUAGCAGACUUUGGUUUAGCCAGAGCAAAAUCUGUACCUACAAAGACAUAUUCAAAUGAAGUAGUUACAUUAUGGUACAGACCACCUGAUGUACUACUGGGAUCAAUAGAUUAUGCGGAUAGCAUUGACAUGUGGGGUGUGGGUUGUAUAUUCUAUGAGAUGAUUGUUGGUCGGCCAAUGUUCCCCGGUGCUAACGUAGAAGAAGAGCUAGUACUGAUUUGGAAGAGCCUUGGUACUCCGAAUGAGAAGACCUGGCCCGGAAUUACGAAAAACAAAGAAUUCAUUUCUCACUCUUUCCUUCGCUACGAUCCUCAGCCUUUGGGAUUAAUAGUACCAAGGUUGGAUAAGGAAGGAAUUAACUUGAUGAGCAAGUUACUAAGCUAUGAAUCACAAGAAAGGCUUUUAGCACGUGACGGAAUGAAACACAAUUACUUCUCAAGUUUGCCACCGCAAAUACAUGAUCUACCACACAUUGUAUCAAUAUUCACUAUUCCUGGUGUUGAGCUAGUUAAGAAUCCUGGCGACAGAAAAUCACAGAAAGACACAAAAACAUCAUACGACAGAGACAGACGAAGAAGCUCAUUAUACUAAUUUCAUUUUUCUUCCUUUACCCUUCUCUCCUUCAUUCUUACUCUGCUGCUGACCAAACAAUUAUUGUAUAUUAUUAUUAUUAUUAUUAUUAAUAUUAUUAUUAUUAUUGAGUCUGCAGUUUAACUACACACACACACAGACAAUUAUGACAGCGACACUGCAGGUAGAAUUUAUAUUUUAAAUAUAAUAACUAUUUUUUCUAUGUUUUAUAAUUAUUUUUUAAAUCUCUCUGUUUUGUAAACAAUGAUAUUUAUAUCUAAAAUUAAA